AGUGGAAACAGCGCCGAAAGAGCGUCAUUUUUCCACGAGUUUCAACGCGGUGAUCUGUCUGGACUUUUUAAUGAGACUGGAAGAGAAGACCACACAAAGCAAAAAGAAGAACAAAGUCUGCGAGCGCCUCACGAGACUGACGCACAGGAAUAGGACCAGUUUGAUCCAAAAUGGCGGAACGUUUUGACUGCUCGAGCUGCUCUGAGUCUCUGUUUGGGAGGAAGUACAUCGACGUGGAGUGCAGACCUCACUGUGUGCCCUGCUACGAUCGACUGUUCGCCCACACCUGUCAUGAGUGCAGCCAGACCAUCACACACAACACCAAGGAGCUGUUCUUUGAGGACCGACACUACCAUGAGGACUGUUUCCGCUGUGGUCAUUGUGGCCGCUCUCUGGCCCAGGAGCCCUUCUCAAGUCUGGGCCAGAGCCUGGUCUGCGGCGACUGCUUCUGUAACGACUUCUCUUCCAAAUGUGUGGCCUGCGACAAGAACGUCAAACCAGGCUCUCGGAUGUUGGAAUAUGAAGGCUGCACUUGGCACGAGGACUGUUUCUGCUGUCAGGCCUGUGGGAAGUCCAUCGGGGCAGAGGCCUUUAUCCCAGACAAUAACAACUAUUACUGUGUGGCCUGCUACGAGACCCGGCUGGCCCCUCAGUGCUCACACUGCAACAAGGCUCUGACCAAAGGCGGUGUGACCUACAAGGACAAAGUUUGGCACCGUGACUGUUUCCUGUGCUCAGGCUGCAGACUCCCUCUGUCUGCGCAGACGUUCACUUCGCAGGGAGAGGAGCCCUACUGCGUCAAGUGCUUUAGCAACCUAUAUGCUAAGAAGUGCACUGCCUGCAACACUCCCAUCACAGGUUUUGGAGAUGGGAAAUACGUGUCUUUUCAGGAGCGUCAGUGGCACCAGCCCUGUUUCAAAUGUUCCCGCUGCUCAGUGUCUCUGGUGGGAUCAGGAUUCUUCCCAGAUCGAGACCUCAUCCUCUGUACGGACUGCAACUCUGAAGACUGAACACCAGCUUAUCCAUAUGGAACACCAGGAAAUAUACUGCACCACUGACAGAUGGCUGACCCAACACUCCAGGACAUACAGCACCAUUUGUGCUUAAUAACAUCAAAAUAUAUACUGUACCAUUUUAACUUAAAGGUCCACUAUGUAACUUUUCCAGAGCUGGGUAUACCAUCCGCUUGUUUCCAUGGCCUGUAACUUGGCCUGAUAACAUCAUCUGUGUCUCCAUGGAGAUAAAUAAGGUUAAUUGUGUCUCCAGAUCUGAGGUCAAAAGCAGAAUGAGCCUCACAUGAGUCUUUCAUUUAGGUUGCCAGUUUCAUUGCUGAAAUUCUGUUGCUCUAAACCUAAAACAGAUCUGAAUGGUCAUUAAACCCCAGCACUUGUAGUCAAUCAUGACUCAGUGCUAGUGCAGCCUCUGCAGCUUCUUUCACAUGAAGCCUGUCCAUAUACUUAGAAUGAGAUACUUAUAUGUUUCUAUCUUCAGGUUGUCCUCCUGCCUGAUGCACAUGCCUUGUUCUGCUAAUGUAUGUUAAUUACACGUGUGUAUAAACUACUAUAGGCAAAACACAUGCAAAUAUUUAUAUCAAUUUGCAAGAAAAACAUAUUUUCAGAUAAAGUUAACCAUUAAUAUAAGUUUUAUAUAACUGUUUGUUAUAAUGUCCAACUGAACUUUCAGUGUGGGUUUAAUCGAAUAAACAAACUAUGUGC